AUGGAGUCGAGUGCGUCGCAAACCCCGAAAGAGGUCUCACCGCUUCGGGAAAGCACGAUUUUAAGGUCUUCCGAAGAGUCCACGCCCGCUAAUACACCGGAAUUUACACAUGAUCUCAAAGAUGCAGAUGAAACGAAUGUUCCGAUUUUGAGAAAAGUUCGCGCCAUCCCCAAAAGAUCUCGGACGUUGAAACGAGAGAAAUUGGUCGAGGUAAACAGAUGAGUAUGUUUUUCUUAUUGUCCUUGAACUUUUAGUGGGCCCUCAAAUUCUCCUCCCCGAACUCGGAGAAUGGAGAAAAACGGAGUAAUCGGCGGAACAAAAAUCGAUGUGAUACUUGUGGAGUAAGUCGAUUUUUUAUGUGGUUUUAUGUGUUUAGCAAGGAGGACUGAUCUACUGCUGCGAUGGUUGCCCACUUGUGUUCCAUGCCAACUGUCAUCGACCCAAAAUUCAAGUGACGGACAACAAGGAGCCGUUUUACUGCAGAAAAUGCAAAUUCUUGAUGGAUUAUACGGAAGCGGCGGAUGAAUACGCGUAUAAACAGGUGAGGAGAGAUGAAACAUAAUUUGGAAAGUUAAUUAGACUGUUUUUGGCAAAAAUUUUGGAGGUUUUGAAGAAAAUUAUAUUGUUUUAGGUAAUAAUUUUGAUUAUUCAUUGAAGAUUUGGAUUUUUUUUGUGAUUGUUCGUUUUUAUGGAAUAGAAGAGGUCUUAAAAAUGAUUUAGAGAGUUACAUAGGUCGAUUGGGUCAACCGUUAUUUGUUUUCGGAAUAAAAUUAUAUUAUUUUAGGUAACAGUUUUAAUUUUUUUUUUGAAUUUUGUAUUUUUAGAAGGAUCCUGAGCGCGAUGAGUCCAUUCCAAGGUUUUUUCACAACUUGUGCUUCAAAAUGUUGACCGUCCGAGAGCAGCCGUUCACAUUGCCGAAGUCAGUAACGGAUCAAGUAGUCAAACUUCCAAAGGUGUGGGUCGGUGAUACCCUUCCCAAUUCGAGAAAGAAACGACCCGAUCAAGACUCGGAAUGCUACAUUUGUAAUAAGUAAGCAUUAUUUUUCAAUUUUUUUUUUUUUUUUGAAAUUUAGGACCGUCAGCUUCCCAAAUUACAAUAAAUGCUUCUUUUGUCCGCUUGUGGUCCAUCUGGACUGUCAGUUGGAACCCCAAACGGCUAGACGAAUAUACGCAUGGCGAUGCCCUUGUCAUAUCGAGAAUUUUGUGGUGAGUUUUUGGAAAACUUGACCUUGUACUUGGAUCAGCGGGAUAUAAAAGGAUCAGGUGGUCGAUAACAUGGGAAUGAAUAGAACGGAAUAUGCAAAGACUUUAAUUUUUAGGACCCCCAGAGGUCGCAUUUUCAAGCAUGCACCUUUUUUACUAAAAAAACGCUCCAGCAAUCUGUGAACAUCAGUUUUACAUAUUUUCCUAAACUUGAAGCAUGAAAAUCGGGCGUUUUUGAAAUGAAAAAAUGGUGAAAUUUCUUGGCAAGAAACUUUUUCUUACCAAAAAAAUCCUUCGGCAAUCUUUAAGCACCAAUUUUGUAUGUUUUUCCCGCAUCCAACCAUAAAAAUCAAUCGUUUUUGAAAUGAAAAAUUAAAAUUUGACAAGUCAGUGGAAAAACAUGGAUUUUCAAAAAACCCUGAGGGGAUAGUACCACAAAAAAGUGUAUUUCUAGGAAAGCUGGAAUCUGUAGACCUGAAAAAAAAACAUUUUUUUGUUAAUUUUGGUUCAUUCACUGGAACAAAGUUGACAAAAAUUGUGUUUUUGGGAUCUACAGAUUCCAGCUUUCCUAGAAAUUCACUUUUUUGUGGUACUAUCCCCUUAGGGUUUUUUGAAAAUCUAUUUUUUCCACUGACUUGUCAAAUUUUUAUUUUUCAUUUCACAAACGGUUGAUUUGUAUGGUUAGAUGUGGGGAAAAUUUACAAAAUUGGUAUUCACAGAUUGCCGGAGGAUUUUUUGAUAAGAAAAAGUUUCAUGCCAAAAAAUUUCACCAUUUUUUUCAAAAACGCCCGGUUUUCAUGAUUCAAAUUUAGGAAAAUGUGUAAAACUGAUGUUCACAGAUUGCCAGGAGUGUUUUUUAGUUGAAAAAAAGGUGCGCGCUAAAAAAAUGCGACCUCUGGGGUCCUAAAAUCAAGUCUUUGCAUAUUCUGUUCCAUUCAUUCCACCUCAGUUUUCAUAAACUUUGAGUUAUUAUUUCGCAAGUUAUUGGCCUAAAACUCUUCCGGAUUUUAUGGCAAAAAAUUGAUUUAUGGACUAAUAAAAAUUUUUUGAAGGAUAACAUGCUGAUUCACACCGAGUCCUUUGUGAACAGAGCCAAGAUGUACAAGAAAUACGCCUCCACGAAUCCGAAUCGCGACAAUAAUCGGGUGCUGCUGGAAUGCGCUCAAAAAUUGGCCAAGGAAGAAACGGAAAAACGCCAAAUCUUGGAAGCGGCCAGCAUUUUAGUGGGGUUAAAAAAUUCAAAAUCAGGGACGGGUAAAAACUAA